UCCAUGGCAGCGGGGGGGGGGAGGUAAAGGCGUCGCGGAGACCAUGGUGGGUGGUUGCUUUCCUUUUCGAAGCCGGCGAGGCUAAAGAGUGAUGAAACUGGGGCAAACAACUGAAAAUGUCAUCCUAUUUGGCUCAGGAAGUUCACCUUGCUAGAAGACAUGAAGAGAUACUGUCUCAGAGAUCAGAGCUGCUACAGCAGAUGGAGACUUAUCUAGGAGACAAAAAGACUAAAAAGACAUGGCAAACUCAAGCAGCUGAUGCAGCUCAUAAAAGGAAUGCAGCACUUUUAAAUGAUAUAGAAGCAGCAGAAAAAAAGCUGCAAGAAAGAGUGUAUUUACUUCCACAUCCCGAUACUGUUAAGUUAGAAACUCUCUAUUGGGCAUCAAUAAAAGAAUCUCUUCCCAAGUGGGAGCAGUUUCUUUUAGGAAGAGCAGAAGUUCCUAUUGGUUUUAAGAAAAGGAAAACUACAAAACAGAACAUAAACUACCCAGAAGAAGAUUCACAAAAAUAAACACUGUAGUUUGACUUUGUUUUGUAAUUUAUGGCUUAAGCAGACAAGAUCAUCCAGAUCAGGCAACAGAAUAUCAUGCCAUUAAAUUUCAAUGUAAAUGAACUAUAUUGGAUAAUUUGCUUCCAUUGUUGCAUUGCAUACAACUCUUUAUUCUAUAUUAGAGAAGCAAUCCUCAAAGGGACUUUUAGGAUCAAAAGUGAGAAACACCGGUGUAUAGAAACCCACAAAGGCUUUUUCAGUAUGAGAAGAGUUUUAGGUUAUUUAUAAUCCUCUGCAUCUACAUAUAAGUGUGAUAAGUAGAGACAGAUUCAUGCAUUAUCACUGCAGUCAUCUGUGCUGUAUGCCUCUCUGGAUGAGGGAGAAAGGAGGAAUUUACCGUGAAGAGGAAAGGCAGGUUGUUUGUAUCAGAGUAGCUUUGGUUUAGCACCAGGAAUCUGUCUGAAAACCAUCAUGAGAGCAGUUGUAGAAGGAACACCUUGAAUUUCUGCAUCUUAUUUUCCUUGAGUUUUGUCAUUGCCACUUUCACUGCUUUUACACCUCACUCCAGUAACCACUGCUUCUUUUCCCAACCUCCUGCUGCCUACUUUAUAUUUCCUGUUGAAUGGGUGGGUAAAGACAAGAAAAAGUAAACAAAUCUCUAGGGUUUUUUGCUACUUCUAGGCUGCUCUUAAUGGUAUUUUCUUUCUGUUAACAUAAUCUACAAGUGAGAACUUUUGCUUAGGCAUGAAAAGUUUGAAAGCAGCAAACUGAAAGGUAGCUGGCAGUGGCUGUCUGAGAACCAAGCAUAUAUAGAAGUUGAGAUAAUGUUUUCAUUUUCAGCCAUUGAACAGCUCCUCAGCUUCCUCCUACAGAGGUGAAGUAUCAGUGAUUUUUGUUUGUACAGUGGGCUAACUCAGUAUGAAAAUUUCACUGUUGUAGUGCAGUGCUUUUUGAAAUAUCAGUUCAGUGGAAGAUCCUUCCAGGUGUGUGACUUGCCCUGCAGAAAUUUAAUCCUUCCUAAGC